AUGGACGCGACUGAAUUCCGAUCGGCGGGUAAACAACUCGUCGAUUGGAUCGCAGAUUAUUUAGAGAAUAUUCGCGAAAGACCUGUAUUUCCGUCAGUAAAACCCGGUUAUAUCAAGCAAUACAUACCCGAAACAGCCCCUGAGAGUGGGGAGUCAUGGAGUGCUAUAUUCGCAGAUAUCGACAGAGUUAUUAUGCCAGGAAUCACACACUUCCAAUCGCCCCACUUUUACGCAUAUUUUCCAGUACUCACAUCAUUUCCAUCAAUUUGUGCGGAUAUGCUGUCCAGCGCUUUGGGUGUUAUUGGAAUUACAUGGAUCUCGAGCCCCGUUGCUACUGAACUGGAGAUGCAAAUGAUGGACUGGUUGGCCAAAAUGCUAACACUGCCCAACCAUUUCACGUUUAGCAACGGCGGCAAAGGGGGCGGUGUUAUAUUGGGAAGCGCUAGUGAGGCAAUACUUAUGAGUCUAUUGGGUGCUAGAAGUAAAAUAUUAGCCGACCAUGGUCAUAAUAAAGAGUUAAUCACUAAAUUAGUGGCCUAUGCCUCGGAUCAGUCGCAUUCCAGUGUCGAGAGGGCCGCACUGUUAGGCGCCGUUCAGAUAAAACUAUUGCCCACUUUUGCCCAUCAAAACCAUAGCCUUAGAGGAGAUGUUCUGAGAGAACAGAUUAAGAAAGAUAAAGCCAAUGGAUUGAUCCCAUUCUUCGUAGUGGCAACGCUGGGCACCACUGGUAUAUUGGCUUUCGAUAACAUCACAGAAGUGGGCAAAGUUUGCGAAGAGGAGAAUGUAUGGCUACAUAUUGACGCCGCGUUCGCCGGUUCGGCAUUUAUUUGCCCCGAAUUUAGGCAUCAUUUAAACGGAAUUGAAUACGUCUCAUCAAUCAAUGUGAAUCCCCAUAAAUGGCUUUUAAUAAACUUAGAUUGUUCAGCACUUUGGCUCAAAAACAGGGAUUAUAUUGUGGACGCGUUUAAUGUGAAUCCCGUAUAUUUACGACAUGAGUACGAGGGACAAAUGCCCGAUUUCAGGCAAGUGGCUUUAGCCAAAUAUUUCCAGUCACUGCUGCUUAAAGACGAUCGCUUUGAAUUGUCGGCACCCGUGGAGAUGAGCUUGGUUACCUUUCGACUAAAGGGAACGAAUGCUCUGAACGAGAAGUUCCACAAACUUAUAAAUGACGGCAAAGCUAUUCAUUUGACACCGACUCGAGUCGGCGGACAGUUUAUCAUACGGUUUAUAGUCUGCUCACAGAAUACAGAGGACAGGGAUAUCGAGUUUGCGUGGAAUGAGAUCCAGAAACAUGCGUUCAUCGCUCUAACCCUAUAA